AUGAGCACACCAUUGUUAUGUAACAGCCUAACCUUCCCCAUUCACCUCUCAGGAAGUGCCAAGCCUGCAGUCUCACUCUGCUCUCCUUAUGAGACAGUUGAUGCCUUGGGGAUAGUCCUGCCUACCUCCCACUUGACUAUAUUUUUUGUGGUCCAAAGCGCCUCACUGAUGGGGCCUGACUGGGAAGGGACAAAUGAAGCACUUGAAAAGGAAAAAGUUACUCAGAUUCCUAGAGCGGGCCCUGUUUAUUUGUGGCGACAUCAUCAGAAAUAUCUGAAAAUUCACUACACAUAUUCUAACUCAUUAGUUGUGCAGCUGCGAGGUAAUGUGACACGCAUAAUAGAAAACACACUGAUUUUAAACAGCAUACUCCAUACCAUUUACAAGGCAGUGUUUUUAAAUGUCUACAUACGUAUGUUGUGCAUAUGGGAUGCGGUGGACAAAUUUAACCUUUAUGAGGCCGAUGCUAUAAAAACUGUAGAAAAUUUUGGUUUGUGGAAAUUCUGGGGAUGGUAUUCAGAUUUUCCACAUGAUACUUCACUUCUUCUUACAGGACAUGCACUUAUAGGAGGAAAAAAAUAUCAUAGCUUUAUGAAUGGGAUCUGCAAUGCCAACUGGGGAGCAAUGUAUGUCUUUGUUGCAAGGCAUCACUUUUUCUUGGCUGCAGCUAUCACAGCACAUAUAUUGGGUCAUACCCUUAAUGCAGAUAAGGAUACAUAUGGUUGUUAUUGUUUUCGAAGAACCCACUGUAUUAUGAAAGAACCGCCUGGUCUUCGAGAUAUGAUGAGCAACUGUUCUUUUGCUAAAAUACACAACAGAGUUUUUGGUUGGGAUAGUUGUUUGAGCAUUCCAAACGUUCCAUAUAAUAACUUCCCUUAUGUAGCUCCUCGUUGUGGAGACGGGAUCAAAAAUGGGAGAGAGGAAUGUGAUUGCGGCUCUCUUAAAGAGUGUGUUCUUGAUGAAUGCUGCGAGACAAACUGUACCCUCAAAUCUGGAGCUCAAUGUAAUACAGGAAUUUGCUGCCAUAAGUGUAAUUAUGCUCCCCCUGGAGUGAUUUGCAGAGAGAUACGUGGCAUUUGUGAUCUACCAGAAUACUGUUCUGGGAAUAGUGAGAUGUGCCCAGAUGAUUUAUACAUCCAGGAUGGAACUCCAUGCUCAGCAUUAGCUGUUUGUGUGAGAGGAAACUGCAGUGACCGUGAUUUGCAGUGUCAAGCGCUUUUUGGCGAAGAAGUAAAAGAUGGUUCAGCAGAAUGCUAUAAACAGUUGAAUAAAAUGGGGGACCGAUUUGGAAACUGUGGGGUUAGGAUUCUUGCUGGGGGAGGUAAGCCAGUUCCAUGUGCAGAAAAAAAUGUUUUCUGUGGAAUGCUGCACUGUAGUGAUGUCAAAUAUAUUCCAGGUGGAGGUGAGCAUACCACAUUUCGUAAUAUAUUACUAAGAGAUGCUCCAGCACAGAAAUGUUUUGGAUAUGAUGCACAUCAUGGAACAGAGUUGCCAGAAAUGGGGCUUGUAGUGGAUGGUGCAACAUGUGGCCCAGCACAAUACUGUGUGCGACAGAAUUGUACCUUUCAUAAUGACAUGCAUUUUGACUGUGAUGUAAAGAAAUGCAAUUUCAGAGGAGUGUGUAACAACAUCAAAAAUUGUCACUGUGUGCGUGGCUGGAAACCACCAUUUUGUGACAUCGAAGGACUCGGAGGUAGUAUAAACAGUGGCCCUCCUCCUAAAACAGAACAUGGUUUACAAUUCUUCCAGGUUAUGAGUAUAAAAGUGGUGCCAGUUUUAGUGAUUAUUCGUUAUGCUCUUUUCCUGUUUGUACUUAUCAUUGGUGCCCUUAUACAAACAUUACGAAGACAUGUAGGAGAAAGAACAGUCGAACCAUCUGAAGCUGUAAGUGAAACUGUGCUAACCGCAAGUGAAACUGUGCUAACCGCAAGUGAAACUGUGCUAGCCGCAAGUGAAACUGAGGAAAGGUAA